AUGGAGCGACACCUGGAUGACAUGAAGAAAGGGAUCGAAGAUCUCAAGACCGAAAUGCUGAAAGAUCUCAGGACCCACAUGGAUACACUCAUUGCAGACAAGGACGCGCGGCUGAAAGAUCUCAGGACCGACAUGGAUACACUCAUUGCAGACAAGGACGCCCACAAGGAUACACUCAUUGCAUACAAGGACGCGCGGCUGAAAGAUCUCAGGACCCACAUGGAUACACUCAUUGCAGACAAGGACGCCCACAAGGAUACACUCAUUGCAUACAAGGACGCGCGGCUGAAAGAUCUCAGGACCCACAUGGAUACACUCAUUGCAGACAAGGACGCCCACAAGGAUACACUCAUUGCAUACAAGGACGCGCGGCUGAAAGAUCUCAGGACCCACAUGGAUACACUCAUUGCAGACAAGGACGCCCACAAGGAUACACUCAUUGCAUACAAGGACGCGCGGCUGCAAGAUCUCAGGACCCACAUGGAUACACUCAUUGCAUACAAGGACGCGCGGCUGCAAGAUCUCAGGACCGACAAGGAGAGACUCCACGACCAAUUGCAGCAACAGAAGAUUGAAACUCUCCGAGAAUUAUCGCGGUUCAAGGUCAUACCCAACAACCGAGCUCUGAUUGAGAUGGCCAUUGAACGGUACAGCAGGGGCUGUAUGUCUCUCACGAAAAGUGUGAAGAUGUUUGUGGAUGAGCAUUUGUUGACGGCAGACACGAAGACAUUGAGUGAGUAUGGCAGAAAAGUCUGUAAGAAGCUGCGAGACGUUGGCUUCGCAGGGAAGGAAGAACUUGUUGGGAAAGAACUGGAAAACCUCAUGCACGAGAUCUCAAAACCUUUACCCAGACCGCCCAUAUCAGGUAUUUACAGAGGGUAUGUGGUUGGAGGGGAUUCGCCGCUUGCAGAAGCGCUUGCGAUCGUGAUCUCAAGACUACAAGAAUGCAAUCUCGUGGAAAACCUGGAUGUCCUGCUGGUCGAUGGGGAAGGGAAAUGCAAGUGCAUGCUAACGGAUGGAGAGAUCAUUAAAUACAGUGAAGAGUAG